AUAUAGUUGUUAUUUGCAUAAAUGUUCUUUGUAUUAUUCACUUCCAUAACAUGGCUUCCUAGUUUGUUUAAAAUGUAAACAAACUUUUGAAGACGAAAACACUUUUUUUUUGUGAGUCACAAAUUUUAAAAUUGAAACUUCUUUUAACAUCAUGAUGACAACCCAUGUUGUUUAAAUCAUGGUUAUAUGUGUCUUAAAAGCUUUUUAAUAUUUUAACAACUGGAUAUAAAUUUGUUUGUUUUUAUUAUAAUUCUAAAAUGUCUAAACUAUUCUGAUAUCAGGUUUAACAGAUAUUAUUUUUUCAUAAAGAAGAAAGAAGAAUUUUUAAGUAAUUUUUGCAUUUUGAAAUUCUAUCAGAGAAACGUCAUGUCGUUAUCUGCCUUGGUGGUAGGAAAAGGGCUAACUUGGUUUGACCUUUGUCACAGGAUGCUACUGUUUACUUUAGCGGUUAUUUUUUUAUCGCCAAUUACGUUCUUGUCUGUGACGUCAUUGUCGUUGCCAAAGAUUGAAAAAUUCAAACAUAUAUUCCAAGAAAUAUACGACGACCGCAAUCGAGUGCGUCAUAAUUUAGACCUAACAUGCAUUGUAUCGGGAAAUCCGGCACCAUCAAUCCAGUUCCAAUUUAACGGCUAUAAUGUUCAAAAUACGACACGAAUACUACAGAUACAUGGUCGAUUGAUAGUAAGGGAUAUUUCAUACGGCACAGAUGAAGGACAUUACAAAUGCGUGGCUAAGAAUUCAUACGGUCAAGUUUUUCAAGAGAAGCUUAUUCGCAUUCCAACUUAUGGAAAGUUUUUACCUGGUAACCAACAAAGUGAUCCGGCACGAUGGAUCGAUGUAAAAGUUGGUGAGCCGUGGGAAUUGUUUUGUCCGGAGCACACACACAUCUAUCCGGCUAAAUAUCGAUGGGGAAAAGAAGAUCCGGUUACAAAAAAAAUGCGCUGGCUGGACGAAUCGAGCAGUAUUCACGUGCUGGAGAAAGGAAGUCUAUACUUUAACUCUCUUACCGAUAGUGAUAUCGAUAAAGUGACAAAAGAUUUUCAAGGAAUCAGUUGUGUUAUUGAAGCUGGUCCCAAAGGUUUAAGUAGAUAUAUUAUCUCAAAACGAAUGUUGUUCAGAAAAAUCGGAAUCGUGUACAAUGAUUCCGCUCCAUCUAUCACUGUAGAAUUUCAAGGUAACAUGUAUGCAGAAAAAGGAGAAGAUAUUACACUACGCUGUAUUGCCAGAGGAAAUCCCAUACCAAGACUCCAGUGGUUCCGAAACGGACAAAUAAUUCAAUCUGAUAAUUCUCGUUAUGGCAUUAAUCCCUAUCUACCAACCAAAUUGACAGUGAGACAAGUGGACGAAACUGUUACCGGACAGUACAAAUGCGUGGCGACCAACAGAGCCGGCUCAGAUUUCACAGUUGGAACCCUACACAUAGCGACCUCUCCCAAAUUCGUCAAAGAUCUUCCACCAAUUUCUAACGUCACACAAGGAGAAAUGCUUCGACUUCUUUGUUCGGCCGACGGUACAAAACCUAUGAACUAUAAAUGGUAUAAAAAUGGUCGGCUUUUGUCAACAUACAUACAGAAAAAUGUGUCCAUGGUUGUUUCGAACGGCGUGUUAACUAUCACACCAGCUAGAUAUCAAGACUAUGGUAUCUAUCAGUGUUCUGCGAUUAAUAAAUACGGCAGUCAAUCAAGCGUGACCGAAGUAAACAUACAAAUUCCCAAAGUUACAAAAGGAAAGCAUAAUGGCGGAAAGAACGAAACCAUUGAUAACGGGACUAACACAAACAACAACAAUAACAAUAGAAACACAAACAGAGAUAAAAGCAAUGCAAAGAGCGAGCCACUACAGAUGCAACAUAUUAUCAUUAUCGCUUGCGGAGGUACUGUCUUUGUGAUUUUAUUAGGCGGUGGUAUUUUCAUGUACUGUCGCACGAAAGAUGAUAGUAAAGAAGUUCGCUUUAUCGCUACACCGCGCCACGAAAUCCAAAAGCCGUUUUAUAGCGAAGAAAUCGAUCUCCCUCCUCCGCCGAGGACGCUAACGGACAGCGAUGAUGAUCUUUCCUCCUUCGGAGGUACUCAUAAAAUGAAUGAGUUUAUUGAUUUGAUGUCCGAUAUAAGAUCGAGUCAGAAUACGACACCAUCAAAGACGGAACACUUAUAUUACGACAUACCCGAUGACGUCCGAAGUAAUACGACACCUUUAACCGACUUAUAGCUGUAAAUAACCGCAAAAAAUUAAGAUUUAGAAACAAAGUUAGAGAGACAAAAAUAAGUCGUGCAAGUGUCGCCGAUGUGAUAUAUCUUAACGUUUUCUGAUGCAACAUUGCAAAACCUAUCCAGUGGAAUGUGUUUUUUUCACGUCACUCGGUGACAUAAAUGUAUCAUUUAUUUAUUUUGAGAUAUGAUUUUUGAAAAAUACUUUUUAGCUAGCAUUUUAAAAAACAUUUAUACGAUUUAUACCAUAAAAUUCUAGUUGAGAAAUACAUGUUUUUUAUUAGUA